UAAACUUCUUAGAGAUAUCCUGAAGACAAAUAUAGACACAUAAUUUUUAUAAGAAAUGAAGCAAGAGAAGGGGGUGAAGAACAAGAAAAGGCUCCUUGAUCUCUAUCAUCACAAGACUAAGAAAGUUGCUUUUUAUGGUUAUGGGCAACCUAGAAGCCGUCCACGGACAGUCGAUGGCUUGUACGACAGUGUGCAAGCCAAUCCUUUGCUGAUGAAUCGGGUUAAAGAGGUUGAAGAAAAUCUAGAUCCGAAAUUCCCAAUUUUUGUCAAGUCCAUGAACCGAUCAGCUGUUACCGUAGGGUUUAUGCUGAAGCUUUCGAGGCCAUUUGCUGAUUUGCAUAUGCCCGGGUGUGAUGCUUCGGUUGUUUUGGUGGAUGCUUUUGAUGAAGAAGAAUACCGAACAAAGUAUUUGGUCGCGAAGAGCGUGUUCAGUGGUGGAUGGAAAGCGUUCUCAAUUGCUCACAGAUUACUCGAGGGAGAUGUUUUAAUUUUUCAGUUGAUCAAACCUUGCGAAUUUAAGGUAUACGUAGUUAGAGAAAGUGAAUUGGGUGAAGUGGAUGGGGCCGUUGCCCUUGUGCAUUUAUUAAAAGGAGAUGGAAGACAACUCAAAUCUGAGAACUCUACAAACACUACUAUGAACCAUCAGGACAACGGAAGGCAUUUGAAAUAUCUUCCACCAGACAAUAUUCAAGAAAAUAGCAAGAAGGAGGUUGGCUUACUUUUGGAAGAAAUCAUCACGGAGACUAUGAACAUUGCCAACGCGGCCAAAGCUAGCAACCUGUUAGCCUCUCGCAUAGAUUUUGCUAGUCACAUUGAGAUUUCGAAAGCAUUCAAGCAGUUGCAAGCACGUGUUGGAUCGUUACACGCUCAAAUGGACUGUCUUGAUGCCCUCGCUCUAAAAGCAAAAGGUGAAGUAGAAUCGGCGAAGGAAAGGGAAAGAAACUCGGGCCAAGUUCAUAUUGGAGAGCAGAAGAAAGCUCUUGUUGUGAAGCUGUUGAAAUUAAUAGAGGCAAAGGUAAGGCUUGGUGGUGAAAUUGAGAGUCUGAAAGCAAAUACCAGCAGGCUUGAGCUCAUGUGCCAAAAAGAGGCUGAUAAUACUCCAAACUAGUCCAAAGGCUUAAAUCUCUAAUAGGCAGUUAAAUUUUGAUGGGUAUUUUUAGCAGAUUGAGAACUGUGGGGGUAGUUUCUCUUAGAAAGCUAACUUGGCGGCUUCUUUUUUUGCUCUUUACUCUAUUUCUUUUUUCGCAUUUGCUAGUUUUGUGUCAAACUUUUGCAGAUGAUUGAUUCAUCUUGACGAGAGGAAUCGAAAAAGUAAAAUAUUGUGCAAAGAAA